GGGGCGGGCUUUUUGAUGAAGGGCCGGCGGUGGGAAAGAUGGCGGCGGCUGUGAGACCCUCCUGGUGGCAGCGGUGGCGGCUGCGCGCGUGGGCUCGGGACGGGGCCAGGCUAUUGCUCCUUUUCCUUUUGUUGGGGUCUGUGCAGGGGCCUUGGCACGUCAGGGCGGGCCAAGCGGUGGAGUACUUGAAACGGGAGCACUCGCUGUCGAAGCCCUACCAGGGUGUGGGAACAAGCAGUUCUUCGCUGUGGAACCUGAUGGGCAAUGCCAUGGUGAUGACCCAGUAUAUCCGCCUCACUCCAGAUAUGCAAAGUAAACAGGGUGCCUUGUGGAAUCGGGUGCCUUGCUUCCUGAAAGACUGGGAACUGCAGGUGCAUUUCAAGAUCCAUGGACAAGGGAAGAAGAAUCUGCACGGAGAUGGCUUGGCAAUCUGGUACACAAAGGAUCGAAUGCAGCCAGGGCCUGUGUUUGGAAACAUGGACAAAUUUGUGGGGCUGGGAGUGUUUGUAGACACCUAUCCCAAUGAGGAGAAGCAGCAAGAGGCCCAGAAGAGGCGCUAUUCUCCAGGAGUCCAGCGGGUAUUCCCCUACAUCUCAGCCAUGGUGAACAACGGCUCCCUCAGCUAUGAUCAUGAGCGGGAUGGACGGCCCACAGAGCUUGGGGGCUGCACAGCCAUUGUCCGCAAUCUCCGUUAUGACACCUUCCUUGUGAUUCGCUAUGUCAAGAGGCAUCUGACGAUAAUGAUGGAUAUUGAUGGCAAACAUGAGUGGAGGGACUGCAUUGAGAUGCCUGGGGUCCGUCUCCCCCGGGGCUAUUACUUCGGCACUUCCUCCAUCACUGGGGAUCUCUCUGAUAAUCAUGAUGUUAUUUCCCUGAAGUUGUUUGAGCUGACGGGGGUGAGGACCCCAGAAGAAGAAAAGCUACAUCGAGAUGUAUUCCUGCCCUCAGUGGACAAUCUGAAGCUGCCCGAGAUGACGGUACCACCAGCACCUCUGAGUGGCCUGGCCCUCUUUCUUAUCGUCUUUUUCUCGCUGGUGUUUUCUGUGUUUGCCAUUGUCAUUGGUAUCAUACUCUACAACAAAUGGCAGGACCAGAGUCGAAAACGCUUCUACUGAGCCUGCUGCCAUCAGCCCCUCUAUGAUAUUUACCCAUGAGGUGUGGGUCUGAGCAUACAGCCUGGCAAGUCUGCUUGAGUCGCCAGUUGUUCAGAGACUGUGUUCGCUCACUGGGGCUUUGAAUGCAUUGAUGCUGCAUUCUCAUGGUCAUCCACGGGAACAUCUCACUGGCCCCAGACGCCACCCACAGGGCCGAGCAGCUGUGAUGUGCCUUCCCUGCAGUCCUUAAACUUAGGAGUGAAGAGACAUGGAAGAAAUAUAUAUAUUGUGAUGCCUAAAUUACAAAAUCGGAUAGCUACUCUAAGGAUAGACUGGAUGCAGCAGGCCUUCUACUUCUUUUAAAUUCCCAAAUAGAAAACCAGAACUCAUACAACCUGGAAACCCACUUACUAGUUUUUGCUUCUGCCCAUGGCCCUUUCUACUUGAGCCUCUUGGCAAUCGGGACGGAGACUUCUGCCACAUUUGCACCUGCCUCUCUGUCUCCCUUCACUCAUGGUCCUCCGUGUGUGCAUCCUGAGCUGGGAAAGAAGUUUGCUGCUCCCAUUAGGUGGCCCUAGGACUUUCUGCAUUAGCUCAUUGCUUCAGUCUCUGGUCUGCACUGGGUGGAUCUUGUUCCAUUCUUGUCUGUCCCUGCAUUUUCAGCUUUCUGAAUUGGAGCUCUCCAGGCCUUUGGAUCAUUUGGCUAAAAGUUGCUACAAAUGAAGUGAAGCUUAGACACCGUCCCAGUCACAGGUGCUGUGAGAUUAGCUGUGACAUCAUCCAGGCCCAGGUGUGCCACAGAAAGCUGCAUUCGUCUCCUCUGACCACGCGGAGGUGUUUCUGGACACACUGGAGCCUGCUUAGCUGCAUGUUUUGUUUCUCGUGAUUCUUAGGAUCCUGCUUGGAGGAUUUGAAGUAGAAAGCAGCUUCUUAUUCCCUGGACUUAGACAUGACCCCAAGAGGAGAUUUGGCUUCUUAAUUAGGAGCAACAGUUGCUAAUUUCAUGUAACAAAUCUCUGAGAGCAAAAGACCGAAGUUCUUUGUCUGGCAAAGUCCUGAUCACUGAGCAGCACAGCUUGAGUGUGGUCCUAUGUGUGUGUCACCCCUAUUACACUGCCUUAUUCUACAAAUGUCACAUGCUGCUCACCUAUCUGCCCUGUGAUUAAAUUGGUUACAGGCUAGUCUCCCUGGAGGGCCUGAAACUGA